GCCCGAGUCGCCCCCCGAGGUGCUGCCCCCCACCGGCCAGCCACCCCCCGCCCCCUACCUGCUGCCCGCCUUCGUGCUGCCCCCGCCGGGGCAGGGCGAGCCGGAGCGGCUGGCGCGGCUGCGCCGGGCCAUGGUGGAGCUGGAGGAGGUGCUGGCCCCGGGGCCGGGCGAGCCCUGGCGGCUGCGGGGCACCGUGCGGGUGCUGAACGUGGCCUACCGCAAAGCCGUCCACGUGCGAGCCAGCCGGGACCGCUGGCGCACCUACCGCGACCACCCCGCCUGCUACGUGCCGGGGGGCUCGCCCGACGGGGGGCUGAGCGACCGCUUCGCCUUCAGCCUGCCCUUCGGCCCCGGCCAGGAGGGGGACGAAGCCCGGCUGGAUUUCGUGAUCCGGUACCAGACCGACGAGGGCAUCUACUGGGCCAAUAACCAGGGGAAGAACUACAGCGUGGUGAUGAAGGGCCUGCCCCCGCCCCGGGCGACCCCCAGCACUGCCGGCCCGGGGCGGCAGCUGAAGAGUUGCAUGAGGCCGGAGAGGAUGAGGCCGUGCGAGGAAGAGCCAAGCGAUGAAGAGACACCAAACCCUGUCGACGCGGAAGAAGGGAGCCCUGAAAGGGAGACCCGAAGAGAAUCGCCCUCAGCUCCCGCACCGCAGCCCACGGGACAGGUCCCGGCGCUGCCGGUCGCCUCCACGUCCCUGGAGACGGAGCCGCCCGCGAGGGAGCCCCCGCAGCCACCCGUGGCCAGCACUCUGGGGCCGGGGGCCUCGUUCUUGGAGGCUGGCCUGGCAGAGCAGGCUGGGCUCUGGCGGGCGGAGGAGGAGGCCGUGGACUCGGAGCUGGAGCAGCUAUACCUCUGCCAUCUCAGCCGGCUGCGAGCAGAGGGGCUGGGGGGCGCCGGGGGGCGGCCGGGGGGCACGGAAGCGGCUGGCUCCCCCCCGGCCUGGCUGCCUGCCCUGCACCUGAGCCUGCUGAGCGACCGGGACCUGGUGGUCGGCUGCGCCGGGCCGGAGCGGGCGCUGAACAGCUCCCUGGCCCAGGAGAUCACCCGGCGUUACGCCAGCCCGGCGGGCGAGGGCCUGGAGAGGGGCACGGCCGCCCGGCUCACCCCGCCCGCCGGCCCGGGGCGAGACAGCCCCCCAGCGCUGCUGGAGGGCGGGAGCCAGGGAGCCGGCCCAGGUGGGGCCUUGCGGCUGCUGGCGCCGGCCGCCGUGGUGGUGCCGGCAUGGACAGCGGCCCCGGUGGGGCGAGGCCGGGGGGGCUGCGGAGGGCCACGGGGCCUGUGGUCGGGGGAGCCCAGAGAGGGGGCGCCCGGCUGCCCCCCGCGGCUGGGGCAGGCCCUGACCCAUUCCCUCCUCGUCCUGGGCCUCGUGGUCGUCCUGCCCGUGGUCCUUGGUGGCUGCCUGCCGGCCGCGGUCAUCACCCUGUAUGUGGUUCUCACGUGGCACCAGGCGAGCCCCCGCCGGCCGGCGAUGGCGAACGCCAGCGAGGCGGACGAGCCGGGCCUGCCGGGCCCCCCGGCGGCCUCCACCUACGCCAAGCUGCUGCUGCUGGGGCUGAUCAUCUGCGUGAGCCUGGCGGGCAACCUGGCCCUGGCGCUGCUGGUGCUGAAGGAGCGGGGGCUGCACCGGGCCCCCUACUACUUCCUGCUGGACCUGUGCCUGGCGGACGCCGUGCGGGCGGCCAUCUGCUUCCCCUUCGUGCUGGUCUCCAUCCGCCAGGGCUCGGCCUGGACCCACAGCCCGCUGAGCUGCAAGGUGGUGGCCUUCCUGGCCGUCCUCUUCUGCUUCCACGCCGCCUUCCUCCUCUUCUGCAUCAGCGUCACCCGGUACAUGGCCGUGGCCCACCACCGCUUCUACGCCAAGCGCCUGACCCCCUGGACGUGCGUGGCCGUCAUCUGCAUGGUCUGGACCCUCUCGGUGGCCAUGGCCUUCCCGCCCGUCGUCGACGUGGGCACCUACAAGUUCAUCCGGGAGGAGGACCAGUGCAUCUUCGAGCACCGCUACUUCAAGGCCAACGACACGCUGGGCUUCAUGCUCAUGCUGGCCGUGCUGGUGGGGGCCACGCACGCCGUCUACGGCAAGCUGCUCUGCUUCGAGUACCGCCACCGCCGGAUGAAGCCGGUGCAGACGGUGCCGGCCGUCAGCCAGAACUGGACGUUCCACGGGCCGGGGGCCACCGGCCAGGCGGCCGCCAACUGGGUGGCCGGCUUCGGCCGGGGACCCAUGCCGCCCACGCUGCUGGGCGUCCGGCAGAGCGGCCACGCCGCCAACCGCAGCCUGCUGGGCAUGGAGGAGUUCAAGGCGGAGAAGCGGCUGGGGAAGAUGUUCUACGUCAUCACCGUCCUCUUCCUGCUCCUCUGGUCGCCCUACCUCGUGGCCUGCUACUGGAGGGUCUUCGUCAAGGCCUGCAGCAUCCCCCACCGCUACCUGGCCACCGCCGUCUGGCUGAGCUUCGCCCAGGCCGCCGUCAACCCCAUCGUCUGCUUCCUGCUCAACAAGGAGCUCACGAAGGGGCUGGCGGCCCACGUGCCCUGCCGCAGGACAGAGCCCCCCCUGCCCCGGGAGCCGUACUGCGUCAUGUGAGGGGGGCGCCCCCCGGGUCAGGGCCGCGGGAGAGGGUUAGAGGGGCUGGCUGCGGCGGGCCGAGGGCGGGAGGCUGGACAUCCGGCGGCAAGCCGGAGUCACGCCCUGCCCGCAACGGGAUCAGGCCAGAUUCCGAUCUCCGUUAAUCUGGAGUCAGUCCGGAGUCACCCCCUGCCCGCAAUGGGAUCAGGCCAGAUUCAGAUCUCCGUUAAUCUGGAGUCAGUCCGGAGUCACCCCCUGCCCGCAAUGGGAUCUGGCCAGAUUCUGAUCUCCGUUAAUCUGGAGUCAAUCCGGAGUCACCCCCAGACUGCAGUGGGGUCAGGGCCGGAUUCUGAUCUCAGUUAAUCCAGAGUCAAUCCAGAGUCAGCCCCCCCCCACAAUGGGAUCACCCCAGAUUCAGAUCUCUGUUAAUCCAGAAUCAAUCCGGAGUCACCCCCACCCACAAUCUCAGUGAAUCUGGAGUCAAUCCGAAAUCACCCCCAGACUGCAGUGAGGUCAGGGCUGGAUUCUGAUCUUAGCUCCCCUGGGGUCAAUCCAGAGUCACCCUGACUUCGGCGGUCUUACUCCAGCUGCAGUGGGUUAAUCUGGAUUCACACCCAGGUACCCAAAAUGGGGAAUUUGCUGUGUCUAGUUUAGUCCCCAUCGCGGAGAUGAGAAGAGGUGGGGUGGGAGUGGGGCAGGUCUGGGGGGGGGAAGGGAGCU